CUAGAUCUAAGGGUUAGGAAGGACUUAGUCACUUGACUAAGGACCCCCCCUUAGUCAUAGGAUCCGCACUCCUUUUCCAAUGGCACUAAUCCAAAUCUUAGCCGGAUUAAGCUGACAAGGGACAAAUCAUGAGGCUGAAUCCCUAGUUCUUACCCCCAAGUAGCACAUGUGGACUUCUGGGCCUUGCUGGUGGAGAGUGGAAACAGAUCUGUCUGUCUGUCACUCGUACGAAUCGACGACUCUGAGCCCAGAUGAAGCCCAUUAAUAGAACAACCCAACCAAAAAAGCCCAUCUCGGCCCACCCGGACCUCCAGCCAAAAGCUCUCUAAACCCUCGAUUUCGGCUUCUGUAAUAUCAGCUCCAAGCAGCCGCUACUUCGCUUCCCUCCCCCAUUAUCGCUACGCUUCUCCGCCGUCCCAAACCCUAGAUUCGCCGCAACCAUGAAGUACAAUCCGAGAGUCUCCUCCUCCCGGCGCAAGAACAGGAAGGCCCACUUCACGGCGCCGUCGUCGGUCCGCCGGAUCCUGAUGAGCGCCCCACUCUCCACCGACCUCCGCCAGAAGUACUCCGCCAGGUCGAUGCCGGUGCGCAAGGACGACGAGGUCCAGGUGGUGCGCGGAACCUACAAGGGGCGCGAGGGGAAGGUUGUUCAGGUGUACCGCAAGAAGUGGGUGAUCCACAUCGAGCGCAUCACCAGGGAGAAGGUGAACGGAUCGACGGUGAACGUCGGCGUCCACCCGUCGAAGGUCGUGAUCACCAAGCUGAGGCUCGACAAGGAUAGGAAGUCGCUGCUGGACCGCAAGGCGAAGGGCCGAGCCGCCGCGGAUAAGGACAAGGGGACCAAGUUCACCGCCGAUGAUAUCAUGCAGAACGUCGAUUGAGAGAUCUCGUUUUUGGGGUGACGUCUUUUUGAUUCAGCUCUCUAUUUUUCGCUAUGGAUGUUGAAGUUUUUUGAACAGAUGGUAGUUAUUUGCCUUUUGAGUAUCGGAUUCUGUUGCUGUUGAGAUUACUAAAAAUAUCAGCUUUGUGGAAUUUUUGGUAUUCUGUGGUUUGUGAUUGUGUUAGGUUGCUUUGAUCUGCUCAUUAGAUAGCUUAUUGUAUGUUUGCAGUUUCUUUGGUAAUUGAUAAUUGUCCAUUUAGAGCAAUGUAGCUUAGAAUCAGAGGGUGGUCUAAUGGUGGAUGAGCUUAGUUCUCCUUGUAGUCAGAAGGUCUAGAUGCUGUGGGAGUAAGUCUAACUAGUGAAUCGAAUCCGAGUAUUUGCUUAGUUCUCCCCUGAUACAGUGAAUCCUGAGAAGAAAGGGAUUUCUAUGAUUAUGGCUAUAAUUGGUGCUCUUCUCUUUGAUUAAGAAGUUGAUCAUUUGGAACCUCGAAGAGAGACCAGACCGAUGCCAUUACGUCCGCACUGGUUCCUAUCUUGUUGAGAUGAAGGCUAUGAGUUUUGGUGGACUCUUGUUGUUAAGUUGUGGCUGGUUGCCUUCUUGGUUUCUGUGUUAUGGUUUUAGAUUGAACUUCUGCAUGAUCGUUGUGAUGGAAGUUUGUCGGGGAUUUGUUUACGUGAGCUCUCUGGUAGCUGGCCUUACAUAGGAAUCAACCCUUUGAGUAGGAGGGAGGGUUAAUAAGGUCGUUGGUAGAUG